AUGGAGUCUCUUAUGGGCUUGGGAUGUAUUUAUGCCUUCCGGGGGCAGUUGGUUAAUCAAGAGAAGCUUAGUUUUACCCACUAUGUUUUCCAGUACAUGGAUAUCACUCCUUCCAGAACCAACAGAUUUUUUGUGUGUUGGGCCAUCUUUUUGAGGAAAAAACCGAAUGACAUAGUGCUAAUCAUCCCAGGAAAUCCAGGUGUGACAGGCUAUUACACCAGCUUCAUGGAGACCAUAUAUAUGACUCUAAAGGGCACUCAUGCUGUUUGGGCUGUUUCCCAUGCUGGACAUUGCUGUACCUCUUAUACUAAGUCACAGCUUGGGAAGGAUGUGUAUGACCUAAAUGACCAACUUAGACACAAGAUUGACUUCAUCCAUGAUUUUGUUCCCAAAGGAGCAAAAGUUACACUUGUUGGACAUUCUAUAGGUUGUCAGAUAAUCCUCGAUGUCCUUCAGGCAUUUGAGGAUAGCACAGAUAUAAAUAUAAAGUAUAGUUACCUCCUGUUCCCCACCAUAGAGAGAAUGAAGGACUCACAAGGGACUCGUCUUUGGCCUGUACUCUGCUAUUUCCGUUGGCUUACCAUUUUCUUGGCCAUCAUUGCAAGUUUUAUACCAAAGAAGAUAAAGGAGAGCUUGCUAUAUAUAUAUUUUGGAAGAAAAGCACAUAAACAUGUAAUAAAGGCCUCAAUUGAGCUCUUGAAUCCCAAGAUUAUACAGAAUGUCCUCUGGAUGGCAUACAGUGAAUUGAAUGAGGUACUUAUGCCCAAUCUAAAAGCACUUGAGAAACACAAGGGCAAGGUAAUGCUCUAUUAUGGUGCAAAUGAUGGCUGGUGUCCUCUGUCCUAUCACCAGGAUCUGAUAGCAAAGGUGAAAGAAGUUAAUGCCCAAGUGUGUCAGGAAGGACACGCACAUGCUUUUGUUCUGAAGAGCUCAGAGCCCAUGGGAGAAAAGGUGGCCCAUUGGAUAUCUUGAGAAAACUUGCAGUAUGCAAGCAUUUGUUAAGAAUAUGCAUUUACUAAUAAUUAAGUGAUUAAUUUGGCUAGUCAGCAGAACAUGGAUUGGAUGAACUAUAUUAAUGGCAAAGUAUUGUAGUCAUGCUGGAUAAAAAUUAUAUUUA